GUCCACUUUUCUCCCAACGAGCUGAAUCGUGGAUUUUGUCAUGGAAAGGAAAGGAUGAAGCGCACCAAGUAAAGCCACCGCCAAGCAGGAGCGGCAUCCUCCCUUCGAGCGCUCUGCGGACACGAUGCUCGCGCUGCUGUGAGACCGAGCGCCGCCUCGCAGGGAGAUGGCGGCGGCCAUCGCCAGCUCCCUGAUCCGACAGAAGCGGCAAGCCCGCGAGUCCAACAGCGAAAAGGUCGCCACCAACAAGAGGCGCUCGAGUCCCAGCAAGGACCCGAGGUCUUUGUGCGAGCGACACAUCUUCAGCGUCUUUAGCAAAGUUCGCUUCUGCAGCGGGAAGAAGAAACCGGUGAGACGGAAACCAGAGCCGCAGCUGAAGGGUAUCGUGACGCGACUCUUCAGCGAGCAGGGCUUCUUCCUGCAGAUGCAGCCUGAUGGAACCAUCAACGGAAACAAGGACGAGAACAGCGACAACACGCUCUUCAACCUGAUCCCAGUGGGUCUGCGGGUGGUGGCCAUGCAGGGCGUGAAGGCUGGACUCUAUAUGGCCAUGAACGCUGAGGGCUUCCUCUACACGUCUGACAUCUUCACGGCCGAGUGUAAGUUCAAGGAGUCGGUGUUUGAGAACUACUACGUCAUCUACUCGUCCACGCUGUACCGGCAGCACGAGUCGGGCCGAGCCUGGUUCCUGGGCCUCAACAAGGACGGCGUCAUCAUGAAGGGAAACCGCGUGAAGAAAACCAAACCCUGCUCGCACUUUGUCCCCAGACCCAUUGAAGUGUGCAUGUACAAGGAGCCGUCACUGCACGAGCUGGAGGAGAAGCUGCUCAAGUCGUCGCGCAGCCCGACCAUUAACGGCGAGGAGCGGGCGAGGAGCACCGAGCGAGCGCAGGACCAGCUGGGGCAGGAGGACGACGAGGAGGACUGCUGCACAGAGCGGGAGGGCUCAUAGCCUGCAGCGCCCCCUGCAGGAAGAACUCCCAUGCAACACGCCCACUGUUCAGCACCACGCCGAUGACAACAAAACGCCAUGACGACGGAAACUCCAAACGAAAACAAAGAAAAAAAGAAGCAAAAAAAAAAGGUCAAAAUCUUCUUGUGAUGAGGUAUCAGAAGGAGGGGGGGAGGGGCUUAUUUAAAAGAGGACUUUGAUGAUGACGAUCUACAUUUUAUGCAAAAAGCCCUGCUGUGUCGGCGCCAGGGGGCUAGCACAUCUCUUCAUCGCCACAUUGUCAUCAUCACCGUCACCGUGACGACAAAACGAGCGCUGAGAACUGCCAAGCUUUAAGCCAUGUAGGAACAUUACGUCCUUUCUAGAACCUACGCACUUUCUUUCAACUCACCACGCUGCUUCUUCUUCUUCUUCUUCUUCUUCUUCUUCUUCUUCCAAUCUUCCUCGGGCUUCCAUCCAGUCAGAUUUUAGAGAUUUGUGCCGCCACCUCACAACUGUUUAUUUUAUUUGAGUCAUUAGCAAUGACCACGCAUGUGCCCCGCUCCGUGAUCAUUUUGACCACGUCACAUCUCUGCUGCUCCUCGCGAGUAAUCUGUUCCGAGUCGAAUGUGCGGGGACUGAAAGUUACUCCGAAGUACGUUGUAGAGCUCCCAUCGUCGUCAUCUCGCGAAUGUUCACACGCCUUCGUCUUCUCGGGCCUAGCUACCAAGUUACGCCAUGUUUCCACGACAACAGCCUUGGUAAAAUUGUUUAGAUAAAAGAAAAGACCCCCUCGAAUUGGCGGAUGACAUUGCAGUGCGCACGCCAGGCCACUAGUAGGCGCUGUGACCCAUGAAAGCUUGUGAGUAUGCAUGUGAAGAAAUGUUAAAUAUUAUCAACGUUAGGUUUGGGUAUCGGGUAUAACUUUUUCCCACCAAAUACCACCUCAGAAAACACUUGGCUCUCCAAGUACCACCACAAUAUGAAUACAGUAGCGUAAUAGGCCUAUGUAGUCAUUAAAAAAAGGCUUCUUUUUUUUUAAACAAGUAUAUUAAAUAUUUGUGGCCACUGUAACAUCACACACAGUUUGAACAGUAACACUGUGUUUGAAUAUAGAAAAAUAAAACACUGUACUUAUUUGGCGUCGCACUUGUCUUAAAAAAGGAAAAUAUUCUUGAUAAAAACUAUAACUCAGUAAUUAAUUCACCAUAGAGAAACACUCUAGUUUGCUAGUUAAUUCUACAUGCAAGCCUGGUGUAUCAAUUAAGGAACGUUAUGUUACUUGCAUGACGUUACUUGCAAAAUAUCAACAUCUUUUGAGAUGAAGUACAGCAACAAAACUUUUCAGGCCGUCUGUGCAGGUAAAAAACUUACAUCAAGCGUAACGCCAUCCCGUCAGCUGGUACCUAAUUCGUUACUCUUUUGGUGCCACUAAAUUAAUAGCAAAUAUUGAUUAACAAUGAAUAUUUGAGUAUUAACUUAAUAUAUACAUACAUAUAUAAUGUAUUCAUAAUCAAUAAUAAUAUGUAAACUUAAUACAUUUAACUAAUGUAUUAAAAUGAAUUAUGAAUUAACUUAGUAAAUUAAUUCAUACAUUAUUUUUCAAAUACUAGCUACUGUAUUAAUUAAAAGUAAAACCAAAUGAAAGACCAAUGUCGACUUAAUUUUUCAAUCUGGUCACUAUAGUUACUAUUACGAGUAUUAAUUGACAAUAGUGAUGGAUAAAUGACGCCUCAGUGAGUGCAUGGCACACUCGCUACCAGUAUUGACACUGCAAAGAUACUAUGUUGGUCUUUCAUAAUGGUCAACCGCCAUCCGCCAAAUUAAGAAAAGUCUUAACAUUUUUUAUUUAUUUGUUUUAUUAUUAUUUAGAAUACAGUAUUUUCCGGACUAUAGAACUAUGUAUAUAAGCCGCAUCCACUAAAUUUCAGAAGAAAAAAAUAUUUUUCCAUGUAUUGCAAGCCGCAGAUAUAUGCGUUGUGAAAUUAGUUAUUUAGACAGAAAGGUUGUGUAAAUGUUUAUUUACAUACCUUAAUUGUUUCCAAAUGUUUCCUGUAGCAUGGCAGUAAAACGGCUGAUCGAAAAAAACAGAAAUCACUGUCAUGGACCCACUAGCUGCGGAAGCUAGCUCUCCAAUCAGCUAAACAGACUCAAUAGCUCCACGGUGACAUUUUGGUGAAUUUAUUGAGGAAUUUGUGAAACAAACAAUACAAAAAGAUUGAUGUUGUAAGUUAAUAAUACUAACACAGACACUCGUAAACGUGUGAGCAUAUUAGCUCAUGCUAACGACGCUAACUUCAUUACAUUACGAUAGCAUGUACAAAUAUGCAUGAGAACACUCCUACAGACAUCACACAUGGGACGGUUUAGUAAGUAAGAAUUGUUUUAGUUAUAUUGAAAAACUUACAAAUGAAGAAUCCACAUGAGUAGAAACGCUAUGGACGACAAAAAGACAGGAAGGGCUAAACAGAAGAAAAAACUGUAGCCAUUCACCCAGUUUUACCUGCAGUGAGCAAACUUGUCCAAAAGAUGGCGCCAGAGCACAAGCAAUGACACCAUUUCAGUGUCUUUGCGUGUGUUUUAUGAAAACUAUUUACAUUGCGGUUGUCAGCGAAGAAAAAUACAUAAAUUAGUCACGCCAUUUUAUUAGCUGCAGGUUUCAAAGCGUAUGAAAAAAGUAGCGGCUUUUAGUCCGAAAUUUACGGUAGUUGUUUUUUGAUAAAUAGCUGCGCAGAAAGGAAUAUAAAGCUUGCAACUCCGGUCAAAUGAGCUUAAUAGUAAACCGUAAAAGAAGAACAUUUGGCGCUACUAGCUCAGAAUGAUCCCACACAUCGGAAUGUUUACUUUUGUCUAGAGAUGUCCGAUAAUAUCGGAAAUUAUUGGUAUCAGGUUUUUUAUUACCGGUAUCUUAUUUUUUUUAAUUUUUUUAAAAUUAAAUCAACAUAAAAAACACAAGAUACACUUACAAUUAGUGCACCAACCCAAAAAACCUCCUUCCCCCAUUUACACUCAUUCACACAAAAGGGUUGUUUCUUUCUGUUAUUAAUAUUCUGGUUCCUACAUUAUAUAUCAAUAUAUAUCAAUACAGUCUGCAAGGGAUACAGUCCGUAAGCACACAUGAUUGUGCGUGCUGCUGGUCCACUAAUAGUACUAACCUUUAACAGUUAAUUUUACUCAUUUUCAUUGAUUACUAGUUUUUUUUUAACUGUUUUUAUAUUGUUUUACUUUCUUUUUUAUGCAAGAAAAUGUUUUUAAUUUAUCUUAUUUUAUUUUAUUAAUUUUUAAAAAAAAGGACCUUAUCUUCACCAUACCUGGUUGUCCAAACUAGGCAUAAUAAUGUGUUAAUUCCACGACUGUAUAUAUCGGUAUCGGUAAUUAAGAGUUGGACAAUAUCGGAUAUCGGCUAAAAAGCCAUUAUUGGACAUCACUACUUUUGUCAGAUCAAUUUAGAUCGAUGUUGAAGAUGGAAAACGAUAUUAAAUGCGGCACGCCGAAAGAAGUCCUUCCGAAUGUAAACAUAUUUGGUGCUUCACAGUCAAGCGAUACAGCAGUUGUAUCGGUGUGGUGUUUUUUUUUUUUAAAGUGACACUGCGUCGAUCAUUGUGUGUAUCAUCCACAAGGCACCCAUCACUAAUUGACCACAUUGAUUGUCACUGGCACAAGCAAGGUGUGUUCGGCCGCCAUUUUUAUUGUUGUCUUAAUCGCGCACGGCUAACUUGCAGCAAACGUUCUUGCUUGAAAACGCCAUCGCUGUCUUAACUUUUUAACAACUGGGGAGGGAGUCAUGUGCAGUCAUUUUGUGUGUGUGUGUGUGUGUGUGUGUGUGUGUGUUCUGGCAAUGCUUACUUAAUGGGGACAUCGCUCUGUUUACACAGUCACCUUUAGAGGACCUCUGACGGUAUGGGGACAAAAAAAACAGGUCCCCUAAAGGGAAACCUUUUUAAAUGAUAGUCAGAUCCAUUCUGAAGAUGCCUAAGUGAUUUUUAAGCUUUUUUAAGCUUUAAACAUUAUUACCUUAAAGCAGUGGUUCUUAACCUGGGUUCGAUCGAACCCUAGGGGUUCGGUGAGUCGGCCUCAGGGGUUCGGCGGAGCCUCCGCCACGGAUGUAAAGACACAUCCGACUUAUCGUGUAAAUAAAAACUUCUCCCUAUCGGCGUAUUAUGGAUACCCCCAAACAAUGUUCCCUCUAAUUUUCCAUCUGAUUUGCAGGUUGUUUGAUUGAUCGAUUUAAACUUUUACUAGCAGAUUGCAAAGGAAGAGAAUACAUUAUAUGAAACAGUACAGGUUACACAGUACAGUACAUAUUCCGUACAAUUGACCACUAAAUGGUAACACCCGAAUAAGUUUUUCAACUUCUUUAAGUCGGGGUCCACGUUAAUCAAUUCAUGGUAAUGUGUGUAAUUUGUUGUGAGUUCAUGCACAGUGUUGGUUUUGUUCUUUGAACAAGGUGAUGUUCAUGCACGGUUCAUUUUAUGCACCAGUAAAAAAACAUAACUUUUUCUUGAAUUUAAAAAAAAAAAAAAAAUUUCUUUUUCACUAAAGAAGGGUUCGGUGAAUGCGCAUAUGAAACUGGUGGGGUUCGGUACUUCCAACAAGGUUAAGAACCACUGCCUUAAUGUAUGAUACACAUUCAGAACUUUCCAUCCUUCUAUAUAUGCUAGUUGGAGUUGCAGACAACUUCAUUACUGCUAAACAGCCGUUUUCAGUAAUGUCACAGAAGAUGCAGGAUUUGCUUGAACAUUUAAGUGGUGAAACUUCCUAUAAGAGGACAGCUGUAGUGCUGUAUUCUGACCAUCAUGUCAUAUUUACUUUCAACUUCUUCUUUUUUUUUUAAAUGGUCCUCAGUAGUCACGUACAAAUUUGUGUGAAUUAUGCAAAAUUAUUAAAAUGUGGUCCCGAUGAACCAUAUGAACUCUUUUCCCCCAGGGUCCCCAGAAAGAAUGAUCAGCACAUUACUUCAUCAAUCCAGAGAUUUAAAGACGUGUAUGAGAUAACUGGGCAGUGACCAUUUGACCUCAUUUUUUUUAUGCCCCCACAACUUGUAGAAAGGGUGGUCCCCACAAGUCAUGAUCAAAAACUUGGUCCCCAUUUGAAAUGAUAACCAGUAUGUGUGUGUGUGGGUGGGUGGGGGGGGGGGCUGGCUUGGGAGAUGAUCAGCAGAGAUGUGAGGCGUUCAAAGACACUGGCGUGCCUUUGCGCUGCGUUCAGGGUCGGUGCGGAUGGAGCACUUUCUGGCACAAAUAUUGCAUGAUGCGUUUGAGAAAAGCGGGUGCCCUUAAACAAGGGAUGAGGACACCGUGUUGUGUAACGCUGGCGCGAUGACGCCGAGAAUAACGAGUGGGCAAGUGUAGCAUGUGUUCCGCCGCCAGGUGACGCGACACUACUCUUUAUGUUUUGUCCGUCAAUUACUCUGUGUUGUCAGCUUGAAGUCAUGUGACAGGGGUGAUGAUGUCAUCAGGUUAUUUUGUAGGGGUGUGGGAAAAAAUCGAUUCGAAUUCGAAUCGCGAUUCUCACGUUGUGCGAUUCAGAAUCGAUUCUCUUUUCUUUUUUUAAUUUAAUUAAUCAAUCCAACAAAACAAUAAACAGCAAUACCAUAACAAUGCAAUCCAAUUCCAAAACCAAACCCGACCCAGCAACACUCAGAACUGCAAUAAACAGAGCAAUUGAGAGGAGACACAAACACGACACAGAACAAACCAAAAGUAGUGAAACCAAAAUUAAUAUUAUCAACAACAGUAUCAAUAUUAGUUACAAUUUCAACAUAGCAGUGAUUAAAAAUCCCUCAUUGACAUUAUCAUUAGACAUUUAUAAAAAAAAAAGAACAAUAGUGUCACAGUGGCUUACACUUGCAUCGCAUCUCAUAAGCUUGACAACACACUGUGUCCAAUAUUUUCACAAAGAUAAAAUAAGUCAUAUUUUUGGUUCAUUUAAUAGUUAAAACAAAUUUACAUUAUUGCAAUCAGUUGAUAAAACAUUGUCAUUUACGAUUAUAAAAGCUUUUUACAAGAAUCUACUACUCUGCUUGCAUGUCAGCAGACUGGGGUAGAUCCUGCUGAAAUCCUAUGUAUUGAAUGAAUAGAGAAUCCUUUUGAAUCAAGAAAAAAAUCGUUUUUGAAUCGAGAAUCGUGUUGAAUUGAAAAAAAAAUCGAUUUUGAAUCGAAUCGUGACCCCAAGAAUCGAUAUUGAAUCGAAUCGUGGGACACCCAAAGAUUCACAGCCCUAUUAUUUUGCUCCUUUCUGGAACAGCGCUGUUUGGCAGUGGCCCCUCCCUCGCCAACAGGAAAGGCGUGGAUGUGGGCUGGUGGGAGGACUCGACAUGUGUCGGUCAGCCAACACUGCCACAUUGUUUUCUACCACUUUGACCCGCUCACGUUCCACUCGCGCCUCUUAAAGACGACGUUUGGAAGGUCAUUCGUGCCGUGUAUUCUUUCCAAAAAUAUGGUCUUCCACCGGUUAUGUAGCUGCAAGGAUAUUUGAAUGAAAAAGCCCUGACUGUGAGGUUUUUGUUGUUGUUUCAUCCUCAUCUUUUUGGCCAUGUUGCUAGUUUUCCAGGAACAAAAAGCUUUAGAGGCAUAAUGCCUUUGAUUGUUUGGAGAGGACCUUUGAGGACCUCCCAUCAGCCCGCCCGUGCUGACGCGUGAAGCUUCAGCACUUAAAAAGUUGGUGUUUUUGCAAGAGGGGGGAAAGAUAGCCUAUUUGCAUGUGAAGCGCACAGACAUAAAUCAAUCAAUCCACCUGACAGCUGAAUUGUGAUGCAUGCUUUGUUGUUUGUGCCGCCAUUUAUUUAUUUUUGAAUGUGGACCUCUGAUGGAGGCCACUCACCAAUCAUCACUAAUCCAGAGUCGUGUAUGAAGAGAGUAUGGCCAACUCAAUUUCAGACCAUCUCCUAAGUGAUUGGUCAAAAGGCCGGGCGCCAUGUUUGCUUCCAACUUUGAGCUGGCCACAGCUGCACUUCCUCAUUCGACAUCUCUUUUAUUUGAAGAGCUUUUUGCCGUGGAAAGAUGCAUAUCCAAACACAGUUGACAUAUUGUUUAGUUUUUUUGUUAUUGAUAUGUUUAAUUAAUUUUCAUGAUUGCAAACAUACAAGAAAAUCCACAAAGAAUUAUGGAUUGCAAAUGGCAAAAA